CGAAGAAUUACGUUGACACAGCAGUUUCAAAAUACUGAACAUGCUUGUACGAAACGCGUCGUUCGCCUUAUCACAAUUGCUAAUGCGUUAAACAACGAUAUAGUAUUAAUUUAUAAUGAGCAUACGUCAGUUACAACAUGGCGCUGAAGACGGGUGCUAGUGUUUUGCGACUGAACACGCUACGAAAUGCCGCCGUCAGGUAUGUGGAACGUGUUUUACAGCUGCUGUCCACCCACACAAGGCCGGAGGUUGCACAAAACACGAAACAUGCCGAAUUUCCGGGCGCUAAAGCUCCCUACGUGACGGAAAUGAAGUUCCUGAACGAAUCGAGCUACGACCCCAUCCCUAUCUACCGAGUGUUGGACAACAGCGGGUCAGUGCUCGAGAGUAGGGAGGAGCCAAAUAUCGAUAAAGAUGAACUUGUGAAUAUGUACAAAACUAUGGUGCAGCUGACUCAAAUGGAUAAGAUUUUGUACGAGUCUCAAAGACAAGGCCGUAUAUCAUUCUACAUGACCAACUACGGCGAGGAAGGUAUCCACGUCGGUAGUGCAGCUGCUCUGAGCCCUCGAGACCUGGUGUUCACCCAAUAUCGAGAAGUUGGAGUAUUCCUUUACCGAGGGGUGACAGUGACUGAGCUCAUCAACCAGUGUUACGGCAACCACGAGGACCCUGGCAAAGGAAGGCAGAUGCCAGUCCAUUAUGGCAACAAGCACUUUAAUCUUGUGACCAUCUCCAGCCCUCUAGGAACUCAAAUGCCCCAAGCAGUAGGCGCAGCUUACGCACUGAAGCGGCAGCCGAACAACGACCGCUGUGUGGUCUGCUACUUCGGAGAUGGUGCUGCGUCUGAAGGAGAUGCAUUCGCUGCAUUCAACUUUGCAGCUACAUUAGACUGUCCUGUUAUCCUGUUAUGUAGAAACAACGGCUACGCGAUCUCGACACCAACUAACGAGCAGUACAGAGGCGACGGUAUUGCUUCGCGUGGCCCUGCGCUUGGCAUUCGCACUGUCCGCGUCGAUGGCACCGAUACGCUCGCUGUGUACAAUGCUGUGAAGCAGUCCAGAGAAUACGCCAUAGCUAAUAACAAACCCGUACUGAUUGAGGCAAUGUCCUACAGAGUGGGACAUCACUCCACCUCUGACGACAGCACAGCUUACAGAUCAAUUGAAGAAAUACAAAAGUGGACCAAAGAUGAAAGCCCGCUCCAUAAGUUUAAAAUGUAUUUGGAAGCUAAAGGUCUUUGGGAUGCGGAAGCUGAGAAAACUUGCUUGAAAGAAUCAAGGGACACGGUUGUUAGAACUAUGCAAGAAGCUGAAAAGAAGAAGCGACCACAUUGGAAAGAAAUGCUUGAAGAUGUCUAUUAUGACAUGCCUCCUAGAAUCCAAAAACAAAUGAAACAAAUCGAAGAGCACCUAAAGAAAUACCCAGACAAGUACCCACUCGAUCAAUACCAGGAUUAAUUUAUGUUUUGUUAAUUGUUAUAAUGUUUUAAUAAAAUAAAAAAAUGUUUCGAUAUACA